AUGAAGUGGAAAAGACAGACUCUGGUGUCGGGAGAGACCUCCGAAGAUGAAAUCGGACACAACUACUUGAGCACUUUGAUGUAUGGUCGCUAUCAACGCGACCUGAGCGAAGCAGCUAGAGAAGAAGCAAGGAGACUCAGAAGACUACGGAAGAAGAGAAGAAAAGACGACAAACUCCGACAGAAGGAGUUGGAAGCAAGCGGCAAACACAGACCUAGGGGGAAAUUCUUUAAAGUAUUAGGUUAUGUAUGGAGGCACACGUUCGCUCGGCUGGGCGAGGACUGGGUGUUCCUGGCUCUGCUGGGCAUCAUCAUGGCGGUUGUCAACUUUGCUAUGGACAGGGGGAUCGCUGUAUGUCAGAAUGCACGUAUGUGGAUGUACAAGGACCUGGCGACGUCUACAUUCAGCCAGUACGUAGCCUGGGUGUCUCUGCCAGUCUGCCUCAUACUGUUCGCCGCCGGAUUCGUACACAUAGUUGCUGCACAGAGUAUAGGUUCAGGUAUACCUGAAAUGAAGACCAUUCUCCGAGGAGUGCACCUAAAGGAGUACCUCACUUACAGAGCCAUGAUAUCCAAGAUCGUUGGUCUCACUGCUACACUGGGGUCUGGUCUGCCACUUGGUAAAGAGGGCCCAUCAGUCCACAUAGCAUCAAUGGUGGCGACACUCCUCUCGAAGCUGGUGACGACCUUCCAAGGGAUCUACUCCAACGAGUCGAGGACCAGUGAGAUGCUGGCUGCGGCCUGCGCAGUGGGAGUUGCUUCAUGCUUUGCUGCUCCGGUCGGAGGUGUCCUAUUCUCAAUUGAAGUAACGACCACAUACUUCGCUGUGCGAAACUACUGGCGCGGCUUCUUCGCCGCCUGCUGCAGUGCUAUUAUGUUCCGCCUACUAUCAGUAUGGUCUGGCGCCAUGCCGACUGUGAAGCCCCUGUUCCCCACCAACCUGCCACAAGACUUCCCCUUCGAUCCUCAGGAGUUUGCUGUCUUCGUACUGCUGGGCAUCGUCAGCGGCCUGCUAGCCGCGCUGUGGGUGUUCCUCCACCGACAAUACGUGCUCUUCAUCAGGAACACCAAGUCACUCAGUAACUUCUUGCAGAAGAAUCGUUUCAUCUACCCAGGCUUCAUAACACUAGCAGUGAUGUCCAUAUUGUUCCCGCCUGGUAUCGGAAAAUAUAUGGCGGCUGAUCUUGGAAACCAAGAACAGGUCCUCUCCCUGUUCUCCAACUUCACCUGGACGGACGAGCUGACUGCGGAGCAAGCCUCCGUGGUGUCUCACUGGCAGACUCUCGAGGUCGACCACUUUGGAUGUCUCAUCAUAUACUUCUUUUCCAUUUUCUUCCUAAGCUUAGUAUCGUGUACGCUGCCAGUGCCGGCGGGUAUCUUCGUCCCAGCGUUCAAGAUGGGAGCCUCCCUCGGCAGGUUCACGGGGGAGGUGAUGCACUACUUCUGUCCACUCGGAGUUGCCUACGGGGGGCAUAUACAGAAGAUAUUGCCUGGAGGCUACGCGGUGGUGGGCGCGGCCGCCUUCACGGGCGCAGUCACCCACACUGUGUCCACCAUUGUCAUCGUCAGCGAGAUGACUGGACAGGUGACCCACCUCCUCCCAAUAAUGGCUGCCGUGCUCGCCGCCAACGCGACGGCCUCCUUGCUGCAACCGUCGUGCUUCGACAGUAUUAUCCUCAUCAAGAAACUACCGUAUCUACCCGACCUGCUAUCUUCUGCUAGCCGUAUGUACGACAUCUGCGUAGAAGACUUCAUGGUGCGCGACGUCAAAUACAUCUGGAACAGAAUGAGCUUCCAGCAGCUUAAGGAUCUGCUUAAAGAGAACAAGACCAUAAAAAGCUUCCCCCUAGUGGACAGUCCAUCGUCCAUGGUACUGCUAGGUUCCAUCCACCGCUGGGAGCUGGUCAAGGUGAUAGAGAAGCAGGUCGGCAGAGAUAGGAGGUUACAGAUCGCGGCGCUAUGGCAUCGGGAGGCAGAGCUUAGGAGGAGGGACGAGGAGGCUAGGAAGAAAGUUAGGAGGCCUUCUAGGUUUGAGGUGACUCCGGCUCCAGAUAUGCUACAAGUCCCAGGCACCGGUAUGACGAGAGGAUCCUCACUCACCACCAAAGACCAGGGAGGUCUUAUACCUGCUCCAGGCCAGCUAUUCCGUCCGAAGUCGAUCCUGAAGAAGACGAACUCGUUCACCUUGUCGCGGGGACUCGGGGCCGGAGUACCCAGCGCCCCCAACACCCCCAGCACUCCGCAACCGUCUGUCUAUACUACUGUUACGGGGGCUGAGACCAGGAUCCGAGCAGCGUUCGAGGCGAUAUUCAAGCGUUCCACCCUCCUACAAGACGUGGAGGGAGGACUCCCAGACCAACUCAGUCCUACAUCACUACCUAGAAGCCCGUCUAUCAACAAGAAAGUGCAGCUGCCACGUGAGCGUGUUUGUGACAUGUCUCCGGAAGACCAGAAAGCUUGGGAACAGAUGGAGAUGGCCAAGGAGAUAGACUUCGACAGGAUGCUGCAGAUCGCCAGGAAGCGAGAUAUGCACCCCGACGACCCGGAGUAUGAGGAUGAGAAUCUGUACAUCUGCCACAUUGACCCUGCGCCAUUCCAACUGGUGGAGAGGACCUCGCUACUCAAGGUCCACUCGCUGUUCUCAACGCUUGGUGUCAGCAGAGCAUACGUGACUGCCAUCGGACGACUGAUCGGUGUCGUGUCGUUGAAAGAGCUUCGAAAAGCGAUAGAAGACGUGAACUCCGGGGCCUUAACUCUGGCCAAUCGUCCGGAGCCCCCGCAGACCCCGCUCCCUACCGUCAUCAAAGUAGUAUCGACGCAGCCCGCGCCGCCCUCUGACAGUGAGACAGCUAAACUCACCACUCCUGGUGAUCAUUGA